AUGGCUGGCAAUAAACCUGGCAAGCCCAAGAGCAAGCGUACACCCGUACGCCUGCGCCACAAGAUCGAGAAGGCGUCCGCGGCCAAGCAAAGGAAAGCUCGCAAGCUCGCAAAGAAGAACCCAGAAUGGCGAUCGCGGUUAAAGAAGGACCCGGGUAUCCCCAACCUGUUCCCUUACAAGGACAAGAUCCUGCAGGAAAUUGAGGACGGCAGGAGGAGGAAGGCUGAGGAGGCGGCCAAGAGGAGAGCCGAGGCGAAGGCUACGAAGACGGGCGAGCAGACUGAGAAGACGGUGGAGGCCGAGAUGGAUGAUGUUGAGGAGGAGGAGCAUCUGGAGCUGGAGGGUGAGGAGAUGGAGGAGGAUUUCGACGAGGAUGCCAAUCCCAUGGCGGCUCUGCUUGCAAGUGCCAGGGCUGCGGCAGCAGAAUAUGAAGACGAGCUUGAGAGUGGAGAUGAGAUGGACGAGGACGAUGUUUCCGAGUCGGAUGAUGAAGAAGGCGGUGCUGAGUUUCCUGGGUUAGCUCACAAGGACGGCUCCAGAAAAGCCUUCGACAAAAUCUUCAAGCAAGUGGUCGAGCAAGCAGACGUCGUGCUCUACGUCCUCGACGCUCGCGACCCCGAAGGCACCCGAUCGAAAGAGGUAGAGCGGAUGGUCAUGGCCGCAGCGAACGGCGGCAAGCGUCUGAUCCUCAUCCUGAACAAGAUCGACCUCAUCCCCCCCGCCGUCCUCAAGGCAUGGCUCAUCCACCUGCGCCGCUACUUCCCCACCAUCCCCCUCCGUGCCUCGGGCCCCGCCCCCAACGCCCACACCUUCAACCAUAAACAGCUGACGGUGCAGAGCACCUCGGCCACCCUCUUCAAAGCCCUGAAGUCCUUCGCUGCCGCCAAGUCCCUCAAGCGCGCCAUCUCCGUCGGCGUCAUCGGCUACCCCAACGUCGGCAAAUCCUCCGUCAUCAACGCCCUCACCUCGCGCCUGGGCGCCGGCGCCGCCUGCCCCGUGGGCGCCGAAGCCGGCGUCACCACGUCGCUGCGUGAAGUCAAGAUUGACAGCAAGCUGAAGCUGCUGGACUCCCCCGGUAUCGUCUUCCCGCGCGCGGGCGACGGCAGCCGGGCCUCGCGCGCCGAAGAGCAAGCGCGGCUCGUGCUCCUCAACGCCGUGCCCCCCAAGCAGCUCGAGGACCCGGUCCCGGCCGUGACGCUGCUCCUCCGGCGCCUCUCGGCCGCCGACGGCAUGCUCGACCGGCUGAUGGACGUGUACGGACUCCCACCGCUGCUCCCGGCGCCCAACGGCGACCCCACCACCGACUUCCUGGUGCAGGUGGCGCGCAAGCGCGGCCGGCUCGGCAAGGGCGGCGUCCCGAAUAUCAUCAGUGCCGCGACGACGGUCAUCACGGACUGGCGCGACGGGCGCAUCCAGGGCUGGAUGGACGCCCCGGUGUUAGCGGUAGCGCCGUCGUCGACGACGACGACGGGGGCGGCGCCAGAGGGCCCAGUGGUCGGGGAUCAGAAGGAGAUUGUUACGGAGUGGGCUAAGGAGUUUAAACUUGAGGGAUUGUGGGGUGAUGGCGCGGAGGACGUAGAGGAGACGAUGGAGGGAUAG